GGAGGAAGAAGCCACCGGGCACAUCCACAUUCUUUUCCGCUCCCUCUUUUUUUGUUCAAUUUGGCGGUUAAAAAGGAGAUUAUCGAUGGUGGGAAUGUUCCUCAGAGCAGGCCCAGUUUCUUUGAUUUAACUCCCACGACUGUGGCCGUCACGCGGGCUUUCUGCUUUGUUAGCGGACUAUCAGCGUGCGGGUUGGCGGUGCUGGUGUGUGCGCGCGCUCUCUCUCUCUCCUUCCCCCCAGCACGUUGUAAAUCCGGCGUGAUCACAGCGGGUCCUGAGGCGGCGAGUACAAGCGACUGGGAAGAGGAGCGGAAUACGAGUGGCGUUUCACUCGUAGAGCUGCUUUGGAACGAUCGCUGCGAUUCAUCAGGCCCGACUUUGACCGAAGGGCCGCUUUCACCGCGACUUGGCCGUGUCUGCUCGUGUUUACAUCGGGAUUGAGGGUCGAGAUGCUACAGAUAGCGGCCAAGAUUGGCGGAGAUGCUACUACAACUCCAGUUAACAACAGUGCGCCAGAAUUCUCAUUUCAGCCUCAGAAGAGACAGCUGGAGGAUGGAGAGCAACCAGAAAGCAAAAAGAUGGCCCCUCAGCCUGAUUCUGUUGGCCCUCAACUUGGUGCCAUGCAUCAGCAACGACCUACUACCACAGAAGAGUAUAGAGUUCCUGAUGGCAUGGUGGGACUGAUCAUUGGAAGAGGUGGUGAGCAGAUUAAUAAAAUACAACAAGACUCCGGCUGCAAAGUACAGAUUGCACCAGACAGUGGAGGUUUACCAGACAGGAGUGUGUCAUUGACGGGAGCUCCAGAUGCAAUUCACAAGGCAAAGAUGCUUUUGGAUGAGAUUGUCUCACGAGGUCGGGGUGGCCCACCUGGUCCCUUUCAUGAAUCGACCAAUGGACAGAAUGGCUCAGUGCAAGAGAUCAUGAUACCAGCUGGCAAAGCUGGUCUGGUUAUAGGCAAAGGUGGAGAAACUAUUAAACAGCUACAGGAACGUGCUGGUGUGAAAAUGAUUUUGAUCCAAGAUGGUGCCCAGACAACGAACAUGGAUAAGCCCUUGCGCAUUAUUGGUGACCCAUAUAAAGUCCAGCAAGCUCGUGAGAUGGUGAUGGAGAUUCUACGGGAAAGAGAGCACAGCAAUUUUGGUGAAAGGAACGAGUAUGGUUCUCGAAUGGGGGGUGGUGGCGGCGGCGGUGGUGGUGGAGGAGGAGGAGGAGGAGGCGGCGGCGGUGGUGGCGGCGGCGGCGGAGGUGGAGGCAUCGAUGUUCCUGUUCCCCGGCACUCUGUUGGAGUCGUCAUUGGCAGAAACGGUGAAAUGAUAAAGAAAAUUCAGAAUGAUGCUGGUGUCAGGAUACAGUUCAAACCUGAUGAUGGCACGGGACCUGACAAGAUUGCCCACAUCAUGGGCCCCCCUGAACGCUGUGACCAUGCAGCAAGCAUUAUUGGUGACCUACUUCAGAGUAUCAGGUCUGGCCCACCAGGUCCUCCUGGUCCUGGAAUGCCUCCUGGAGGCAGAGGAAGAGGGCGAGGACAGGGUAACUGGGGUCCCCCAGGAGGAGAAGUUACCUUUUCUAUUCCCAGUCACAAAUGUGGCCUUGUAAUUGGCAGAGGUGGAGAAAAUGUCAAAGCCAUUAACCAGCAGACUGGAGCCUUUGUUGAGAUCUCUCGGCAGCCACCGCCUAACGGAGACCCCAAUUUCAAACUAUUUAUUAUCCGUGGGUCCCCUCAGCAGAUUGACCAUGCUAAGCAGCUAAUUGAAGAGAAGAUUGAGGGUCCGCUUUGUCCAAUUGGUCCAGGACCAGGACCAGGGCCUGGUGGGCCUGGCCCUGCUGGACCGAUGGGCCCUUAUAACCCUGGUCCUUACAAUCAGGGGCCUCCUGGUGCACCACCACAUGGAGGACCACCACCCCCUCAUCAGUAUCCACCUCAAGGAUGGGGCAACACCUACCCACAGUGGCAACCACCUGCACCUCAUGACCCAAGUAAAGCUGCGCCACCAGCUGAUCCAAAUGCAGCCUGGGCAGCAUAUUAUGCUCAGUAUUACCAGCAGCCUCCUGCCCCAGUUCCAGCACAGCCACCUGCAGCACCUGCACCUGCUCCUACCCCUGGAGAGCAACAGCAGCCCAGCCAGACUGCUGCUGGACAGCCAGAUUACACUAAAGCCUGGGAGGAGUACUAUAAGAAAUUAGCUCAAGCAGCAAGCACAGCACCACCAGUGGCUGGAGGACAGACGGACUACAGUGCUGCCUGGGCAGAAUACUAUAGACAGCAAGCAGCAUAUUACGGGCAACCGGGAGCCCCCACACCAGGACAGCAGCCACCACCACAACAGGGACAACAGGCUCAAUGAGGAAGAUUAACGAAUGUGAACUGAACUGUAUCAACCUGUGAAAGGAAUGGGUGUAGCUUUUUUUUUUUUUUUUUUUUUUUUUUUUUUUUAAAUCUAAAUGUGGGUAGAGGGAGACAAGUUGUUUGGGGGACCUGCUGUGGAUUUCUUCCCAUCCUCCAUCCCGUCUAGCCCACCUGAUCUCCCUUUUGCUAAUUUAACGCAAGGAGGCAAGGAUUGAACAUGUGAACAGAACUGCGGGCUCAAUGAACAUCCCCAUUGAUGGGAACGUGUGAAUGACUGACUGGCUGAUCCCUUUUUGAGAGGAGACACAAAAUAAAACUUCUUGGUCCAUUUGUAUAAAUUUUCAGGAUAUUUCAAAAAAAAAAAAAAAUGUCAUGUUCCUUUAGGGUAUCAUUUUAUUUUUUUAAUUGUAGAAAUCACUGUUUUUGCUUUUAGUUUUGAGUCAGAACAUUCCUUUUUCAGUUUAAAGGUGUCUUUUGUGUCAAAAUACACUUUUUUAACUUUUUAUUUCGCCAAUCCAUGUCAAACUGGUGAAUUAGUUUUGUCCAAUUAGACAUGAGAGAAAAAAAAAGGAAAAAAGUUGUAUGCUUGGUUUUUACUUUUUACUGCUCGUUUUUAAAUCUUCACAAUAAACAAUAUGAAAUGGA